AUGGAUGAUGCUGCAAUCCUUAAAAACAGAGGCUACAUUCUGGGGACUAUUCUGGGAGAAGGGUCUUAUGCUAAAGUGAAAUCUGCCUAUGCUGAAAAAAUGAAAUUUGAUGUAGCAGUAAAAAUCAUAGACCGUAAAAAAGCUCCUCCUGAGUUCCUAGAAAAGUUUCUCCCCAGAGAACUAGAUAUUUUAGGAAAGGUGAGGCACCGCUCCAUUAUCAAGACCUAUGAGAUAUUUGAGACCUCUGAAAGCAGAAUCUACAUUGUGAUGGAGCUUGCUGCAAAAGGUGACCUACUGGAGUUCAUCAAAAGUAAAGGAGCAAUGACUGAGGAUGUAGUUCGCAAGAUGUUUUGCCAACUGUGCACCGCCAUCAAGUAUUGCCACGAUCUGGAUUUUGUCCACAGGGAUUUGAAAUGUGAGAACAUACUUCUAGAUAAGGACUACAACAUCAGACUGUCGGACUUUGGCUUUUCCAAACAACUGAGUCGGGAUCAAAAUGGGAAAGUUAUUCCCAGUCAAACUUUUUGUGGUUCUGCAGCAUAUGCCGCCCCUGAAGUUCUACAGGGCAUUCCCUAUCAACCCAAGAUUUAUGACAUAUGGUGUCUGGGUGUCGUUCUGUUUAUAAUGGUCUGUGGAUCGAUGCCAUAUGAUGACUCAAACAUUAGAAAGAUGCUCAGGAUGCAGAAGGAACACAGAGUGCACUUCCCUAGGUCUAAAAACCUGACAGUUGAAUGCAAGGAUCUAAUUUACCGCAUGCUGCAGCCAGACGUGAGUCGAAGGUUGCGCAUUGAAGAGGUUUUGAGUCAUAUCUGGAUGCAAACUCCAAAAUCUCAAGCUCCUUCAGGAAGUUCAGCUGCAAAGGAAGACGAGCAUUUGCAGAAUCUAGAAAAGGUAAAGUCAGAACAACAGUAG